AUAUAUAUCCAUAGGCCUAUGUGAAUAUGAAUUCCUGAUAACAUGCUUCAUUGUAAAAUUCAAAUGCUUCCCCUUUCUUUUAUUUGUUGAUUUAUUUACAGCUUUACAGCUUGAUUAAGCUUGUACCAGGUGGAUAGAGAUGGCAAGUAAAGAAAGAACAAAGAGCUACAGGGAGAAAUUGCUGAUCCUGCAAAGACAGAGGCGGUCUUGAGGAAAAUAAUAGAGAGAAGAUACUAAUAUUCAAGUUUUUGUUAUUGUAAUGUAUGCCUUAAUAUUUGCAUAAUGUACAUUUAUAAUUAGCACAAGAAUGUUUUUGUGUGGCCACAAACACGAGACUGCAUAUGUUACAUCCAGGGCUGGACUGCAGUUCCCCGUUGGUCGUGUGCACAGGCUGCUGCGUAAAGGCAACUAUGCUGAGCGCGUGGGAGCUGGCGCACCCGUCUACCUGGCUGCAGUGCUCGAGUACUUGACCGCUGAGAUCCUCGAGUUGGCUGGCAACGCCGCUCGUGACAACAAGAAGACUCGUAUCAUUCCCCGUCAUCUGCAGCUGGCCGUGCGCAACGACGAGGAGUUGAACAAACUGCUCGGUGGUGUCACCAUCGCUCAGGGUGGUGUGCUGCCCAACAUUCAGGCUGUUCUCCUGCCCAAGAAGACCGAGAAGUCCAAGUAAAUCUUCCCCCGACUUCCCUGAACAAAACGGCUCUUUUAAGAGCCAC